AAAAAUAUAUACUUACAAAGCAUACUGGUAUUACUGGAAUAAAAUUAUUCUCCAUAUGUAAAAAUGACUAUUGUUACACAGGUCAGUCCCUGGAUGGGAGACCAGAUGCUGCUGGAAGUGGUGUUGGAGGGCCAGUAGGAGGCACUCUUUCCUCUGGUCUAAAAAAAAAUAAUGUAAUGUAAAAUAAUGGUUAAAAUAAAUGGGCAAAAAAAAAAUCCCAAUGUAAAAAAGAGUUAAAAUAAAAUAUUUGGUCAUUCUACAGGAGAAUCACUGCUCUAGUAGUAUACAGUAGUGCCUACUACCCUCUUGUGGCCAAGGAAAGAUAAUGCACCUAAAAUAAUUUGGUUGAAACCGGAAGUUUCCGACGCCAUGGAAACACAUGACGCUGACCUGUGCUGCUAAAUUAAUAGCUAGCUAGCAUCAAACGAAUAGCGUCACCAUCAAACGGUUGAAAUUAAUGUCUCGGAAAGCAAUGAAAGUGGUAGUUGACUUACAGUUUAGAGCGGUAUCAUGCCCUGGUGUGCAUUUGUCAGCCAAGGAUGACAUCUACCUCAGUGUGUGCUUCAUGAGCCAAUACCGCAAGUCUGUGUGUCUCCCCCCUGUCUUCCCUCUCCUGUUUCGAGAGAAGAUGCGAUUUGAGAAAGUGUUCCACUAUGCUGUUGACCCAGGAGAUGUUGCAGAGAUGCUGGAAUAUGAAACGGUCAAAGUUGAAUUGGUACAGUUGAUCCCCCCAGUGGGGGAGGCCCUGGCCUGCUUUGAGGAAGAUGCCAGACGCUUCCUAUUUCCAGAGCCAAAAUUGGUUCCAUCCUUCUCUGGAGUGGACAGAGAGGUUCUCAUGACACGCUCCAUUAGCUUCCCUGGCAUUGCUCCAAGGUUAGAGUUCUUCACCAGAACAACCAUCAGUGAGUGCUCUGCGAACGCAGAGGUCAACAGCACCCAUCUCAGGUCUCCAAUGAGGACAGUGGUGCCAAAGAAACGCACUAAAAGGUCCCGAAAGGUACACCGGAGAGGAGAUUGGGACGGUGCCUGGCGGGCACCAGUGAUGCCCAGAUCACGCUCCCUCUCUCCGUGCAAAGCCAGCCAGAUGGACAGUUGUCAUGGAAACAUGGGGCGGCUGGCACAGCUCAGUUUGGGUUCCAGCUGGGAUAUAGAUGAGGAGUUUUUACCCCGUCAUAAAAGCGACCCCUGGCUUGGGACUGGACACUCCCCUACACCCCACCUCUCCCCUGUCAUGGCCAGACCCACCCUGACAAACGACUCCUCUCCUCGUCUCCCACAGUCCCUGUCCUCUGACACAGACAAUCUCCUGGACUACCCACCAGGUCCAAGCCAACGGUGUUCCCUGGUUAACAUAGGGAGAUCCUCCACCGCUACACCCAGCCAUUCCAUGCUUUGGCACUCCUACAGGGAAAGCUCGAGACAAAAUGGGUCACGCCCCAGCUCCCAGGGCAUGUGGGAGGAGGUCCAACACCGCGUCCGAGGACUCCUUACCACCCCUAGAGCGGUGCACAGACUCGCCCAUGGGGCCACAGACUCCGAGAUAGACGAGGUCCUAGCCCGGAGGUCCAUCUCCCCUAACCGAUGCCCACCCUAGGGAGUCAGUGGGGAACGGCCUGGGAAGGGGUGCCGUUCACUCAACAACUUGAAGCUUUAUCUUCUAUACAACCAGUGAAGAAGCCAAAGUGUCCGGUUCAUUUUGGCAUUGAUUUCAUAUGAUAAUGAUGUCAUAAUUCACUCUGUGUGUGUGUUACGGUUAGCUGAAAUUAAGUAUUAAGGCAUACAUACGGUGGCUAUUGAAGAGAAGUGAUUGACCAGAAUUCAAAGCAUCUCAUUAUAUUAACGCUAAUGUUAUUAGUCAUUUUGUAUGUUUAUUUAUGGUAUUGAAUUGAGGCAGAAACCAUAGAAAUGUAUGUCAUUAUUGUCGUGUUCUGUGGACAUGGUCAUUUUGUGUGAAUAAAUAGUUUUGUGUUAUCUAACAAAAAUAAUGAAUUUCUCACCCUAUAUUGAAUGUACAGUAUUUGAAAAUAUAAGCUACGGUACAGUAACAUCAUAUUGUUACUCUUGGGUGUGUUCAGGAGUGAAACCUGCAGAUAGAACUGUAACGUGUAGAGCGUACUGGGUUGCCUAUUCUCCAUGACAAAGAAGAAUAUCUGCUCGACACAAUGUAUAUCUAUCUGAACGUUGUCAUGUCGCACCUUCCUGAAUGAGCCUCUGGCCUCUAGCCAGCAAACGGGCUGACUUUGGAGUCCUCGGGUGCGUCGGUGGAAAGACAUUAAAGGGGAAUUAUGGGUAGGUCGAUAGUACUCUAACAUCACUCAGGGGAAAUAGCUGGUUAGGUGAUUAUAUAUUACUGCACUGACUGCCUGCUUCAGGAACAUUCUGUUCCAUCACUGUGCCUUUCUAAGCUAUGAACGUUCUAUAGCUAGUCUAGAGGAUCCAAAGCCGCAACCUGUGGUAUAAUAUAGUGACUGCAGUAUUUCAAAUGGUUUGCUAAGUCGUUCUUGUAGAUAAAAACAAGGUUGUACAGUAACCAAAGGAUGCACAUCCAAUGGUCAGAUGCUGGACAGGAAGAAACAAGUAAAUGAAAGCAGUAAUGUCCACAACUCUAAUUCCGCAUUCUCAACCAUUUCCAAAACCACUCAAAAAGAGAAACGCCCAAGUUAGAUUUUUCUUUAUUAGCUUACAUCUAGUACAUGUUGAUUCAUAUACUGAAGUCAUGUGAACUGUACACACUUUAGCCAUUGAUUGUUGAUCUCAUCAUAACGUGCUUUUGAAAUGUACAGAAGAACCGGAUUCACAAGCUUUAUUUUGAGCCACAUCUGAUCAAUAAAAUGUUAGUUACGUCGCCCUUGACUUGCUUUCCUAUACUCAAUAACUCACCAACUUGAGAGAUGUUCUAUAAGAACGUUGUCUACUACCUCAAAUUAGGCCCGUAUGCCUCUGUUAUAGAACAAAAACAAGUCGUAGAGGUCAGAUUGCAAUGCGCUGUAAAAUGAAGAGGCAGUUUCAAUAAU